UAAAAUCUGUACAGAAAUCACACCAACCACCUCGCGCACAAAGUGAGAAGACUCUAUGAAGGCUUGAAAUUAUAUUGCGAUCGAUUUUCAUCAUGAAACGGGCUGGAAUAUUCCACGAUAGCGCAAAUAAUCGUGGAAGCUGAUCGCGGAAAAGCGAUUGCGUGACGCUUGGUAAAUUGCAAGAUGACAUGUUGCCACAUACCAGACGAAAAAACUCUUUAGAUUCUCAGUCUGCAUUUUGUACCCACUCUGCAGUGUGCAGUCAACAUUUUGUACCUAGUCUACAUUUUGUAUCCGGUCUGCAGUCUGCAUGUUGUACUAACAGGUACCCGUGGCACCAAUGUUUUAGUUUUGGUCACAGUUAUUCGCACAACACAGUCAAAGUACCACAAAAUAUCUGUGUGUGAGUUAAUUCGACAUUUUCGUUCUUUUCCGCGCUAAUACACUUCUUUCCUUUUGUAAGAAUGUAGACAUCACUUACAAUGUUUCUAGUAGUCCACCCAUCCAUUAGAUUAAGACAGGCUAAAUCGGACAGCAGCCAAUUGCAAAGGAACAGAAGUGCUAACCAAUGAAAAUGAGGAAGAAUGCAGGUCGAGAGGUACAUAUUGACGAAAGAUGAAUACAGCUACUGGUCAUAAGUACACAGAAGCGAUUAGUGUCUUUCAGAAGCGUGAAAGACUGAGGAAACCUUUACGGUAUAAGAAAGCGCUGACUGAAUCUUAAACAAUUCAAGAGGAAAAGGACUUCACAGUACUACAGGUAGAGGGUUAACAUGGAGCUAAGGAUUAUUUGGUUGCAUGUUGUUCUGACUUGCUCACUGUCAUUAAUGUCAGAAUCAGCCAGGGAUGUUAACAAAGCUUUAAACAUGGUAAGGAACGAGAUGGCAGAUCAUCAAGCUGAUGCAAACAAGAUUAUAGACUUCUUAACAAAAGGACCAGGAAAGCAUCAAGUUUACAAUAGACUUGCAACGUUUGUUGAUACAUUUGGCAGUCGAAUUGCAGGCUCUGCCAAUCUGGAACAUGCUAUAGAUUACAUGCUUGAUGAACUGAAAGAGGAUAAACUUGAUAAUGUACAUGGUGAAGAAGUGAAUGUAACCCACUGGGUGCGUGGUAAGGAAUCAGCCCAAAUGAUUAUGCCCAGGAAUCACUCUAUUGCCCUGCUUGGCCUUGGAGGUAGUGUAGGUACUCCACCUGAAGGUAUAACUGCAGAAGUUUUGGUUGUGAGCUCAUUUGAUGAACUUCAUGCCAAGGCCUCAGAGGCUAAAGGUAAAAUUGUGGUUUUAAAUGAGAAAUGGAUUAGUUAUGGGAAGACAGUGGUUUAUCGUACACAAGGGGCUGCAGAGGUGGCUAAAGUUGGUGGCCUUGCCUCCCUCAUCCGUUCUGUGACACCAUUUUCUAUCUACAGUCCUCAUACUGGUUGGCAAUAUUAUGAGAAAGGAGUGAAGAAAAUUCCGACAGCCUGUAUUACAAUAGAGGAUGCAGAAAUGAUGACCAGGAUGGCUGCUAGAGGAACAAAAAUAAUAGUUAAUUUGAAAAUGGAAGCCCAAAAUUUGCCACAAGUAGUUUCUAGGAACACAGUUGCUGAGAUAGAAGGCAGCGUGCAUCCAGAACAGGUGGUUCUUGUCAGUGGCCAUCUUGACAGCUGGGAUGUUGGUCAAGGUGCAAUGGAUGAUGGAGGUGGUGCAUUCAUUUCCUGGCAAGCACUGUCAGUUAUUCGACAACUAGGUCUCAAACCAAAACGCACAAUGCGGAUGGUGCUAUGGACAGGAGAAGAGGUGGGUCUUCUUGGAGCAGAACAAUACUACAACCGACACAAAGAUAGUGCAGGAAAUUUCAGCUUGGUGAUGGAGUCUGAUAUUGGAACCUUCAAGCCUCUAGGGAUAGUGUUUCAAGGCAGUGAAAAAGCAGCAGUCAUUAUGAAGGAUGUGAUGGAGCUGUUGAAGCCAAUUAAUGUCACUAACCUAACAGUUACUCAUGUUGGUGGGGAUAUCACCUUCUGGAUCCAAGAUGGGGUACCAGGUGGAAGCUUGAAGAAUGAGAACAGCAAGUACUUCUAUUUCCACCACUCAAAUGGUGACACCAUGACUGUACAGGAUCCUGAUGCCAUGGACCUGUGUGCUGCAGUGUGGACUGUUGUGGCUUACACUGUUGCCAAUCUGGAUGAAAUGCUGCCUCGAAACUAGUAACAGCAGAACUAUGAUUACCAAUGUAGUUCUCUUUCAUUUUCAGUAUUGUAAAAAGUCUUACUACUUUUUUUAAGGUAGCAAUGAGCUCAAGACACAGACACUAAAGCAAAUGAAAUAAUAUUUUUUAAAUAUAAUUUAGUGUGAGAUGAGAUGAACAUUUAGGUAGGAAAGGAGAGGGAGGGUGUGGCAUGAUCUAUACUUUAGAGACAGGAGAACAUGUUUUUUAAUUCUACUGCAUGCCUUUCACCAGAUAGAAUAGUUCAUUGGAAUUUGAUUCUAGUAGUUAAAGUAUAUUUUUUUAAACACAAGUAUAUACUACUAAAAUGAUACCCCAUUCACACCAAAGCAUGGUUUAAAAUUUUUUCUUCAUAGAAGCUGCUUAAAUUGAUGUUUGUUGACAUUAAAUGAAGCACGUUGAAAACAGAAGUUGGCCAUUUCUUGAAUCCUGUGGGAAAUUUGGUUUAUGAGUUCUCUUAAACAUGGUUUAAAUCAACAGGUUUUGAAGGUGUGAAUUAAUUUAAGUUAAGUUAACACUUUGUAGUUGUAGGUUUUUUUAGGAAACUUAGGUAGGGAAAUAUUUCACUCCUUACUGUUUUGCAAGUUAUGGUCCUCUGUACAGGGAAAGAAAAAGUCUUCUGGGGCAUUACAAUCCUAUUCAAUAGCUUCCCAAGGACAACUUAACAAAUUCCUGUACAAGGAGGAUUCCUAAGAGCUCUACUAUGUAGUCAUAUGGCACAAGCACAAUAGCACCCAAGCUGACAUAGACA